GCCCUCCUCCCCCGGGGACCCCGCGCCGUCCCCGCACGGACCCCCGCACGGACCCCUGCCGCCCCUGCGCUCCAACACGGUGGGUGUGAGCAGGCACGCGAUGACCGACCACCUGCACGUCGGCGGUCACGGACAGAUCCAGGUCCAGCAGCUCUUCGAAGACGGCAGUAACAAGCGGGCGGUCCUGACGGCCCAACCCAACGGGCUGACGCCCGUCGGGAAGCCCGGCCCGCCCACGGCGCCCGCGGACCGGCAGCCGGACGGUGCCCACAGGCGGCAGGGGAGCGCCGGGUCCCUCAAGUCGCUGGAGGGCGGCGGGCGGCCCAAGCCCGCGGCCCUGACCCCGGAGCAGGCCGUGAAGCAGUACCUGCAGAAGUUGACGGCCUUCGAGCAGCACGAGAUCGCCGCCUACCCCGAGAUCUACUUCCUGGGGCCCAACGCCAAGAAGAGGCUGGGCGCGGCGGGGGGCCCCAACAACGGGGGCUACGACGACGACCAGGGCUCCUACGUGCAGGUCCCCCACGACCACGUGGCCUACCGCUACGAGGUCCUCAAGGUGAUCGGCAAAGGCAGCUUCGGCCAGGUGGUGAAGGCCUUCGACCACAAGGCCCAGCACCACGUGGCCCUGAAGAUGGUGCGGAACGAGAAGCGGUUCCACCGGCAGGCCGCCGAGGAGAUCCGCAUCCUGGAGCACCUCCGCAAGCAGGACCGGGACAACAGCAUGAACGUCAUCCACAUGCUGGAGAGCUUCACCUUCCGCAACCACAUCUGCAUGACCUUCGAGCUGCUGAGCAUGAACCUCUACGAGCUGAUCAAGAAGAACAAGUUCCAAGGGUUCAGCCUGCCGCUGGUCCGCAAGUUCGCCCACUCGAUCCUCCAGUGCCUGGAGGCCCUGCACCGCAACCGGAUCAUCCACUGCGACCUGAAGCCGGAGAACAUCCUGCUCAAGCAGCAGGGCCGCAGCGGCAUCAAGGUGAUCGACUUCGGCUCCAGUUGCUACGAGCACCAGCGCGUCUACACCUACAUCCAGUCGCGGUUCUACCGGGCCCCGGAGGUCAUCCUGGGGGCCCGCUACGGGAUGCCCAUCGACAUGUGGAGCCUGGGCUGCAUCCUGGCCGAGCUCCUCACCGGCUACCCGCUCCUGCCGGGCGAGGACGAGGGGGACCAGCUGGCCUGCAUGAUCGAGCUGCUGGGGAUGCCCGCCCCCAAGCUGCUGGACGCCUCCAAGCGGGCCAAGAACUUCGUCAGCUCCAAGGGCUACCCCCGCUACUGCGCCGUGACCACCCUGUCCGACGGGUCGGUGGUCCUCAACGGGGGCCGGUCGCGCAGGGGGAAGCUCCGGGGGCCCCCGGAGAGCCGGGACUGGGCCAAGGCGCUCAAGGGCUGCGACGACCCCCUCUUCCUCGACUUCUUGAAACAGUGUCUGGAGUGGGACCCUGCCUUGCGUCUGAGCCCGGGGCAGGCCCUGCGCCACCCCUGGCUGAGGCGGCGCCUGCCCAAGCCCCCCACGGCGGACAAGCCCGUGGCCCGGCGGGCCCCCGAGACCACCGGUGCUAUCACUUCCAUUUCCAAGUUACCUCCCCCCUCCGGCUCCGCCAAGCUGAGGACUAGCCUGGCGCAGAUGACCGACGCCAACGGCAACAUUCAGCAGAGGACGGUCUUGCCCAAACUGGUCAGCUGAACCCCGGCCCCCUAGAACGCCCUCUCCCACCUCCCCCCGUCCCCCCCCGCCCCCCUUCGCCGAGCCUCAGCCGGGCCGGGGGAGAGUCGCCCCGCCCGCUCUUCCCCGGGCUCGCCGACUCUCCCCGUCCGCGUCUCCGCGGGAGCCCCCGUUGGGACGGCAGAGAGUUGCUCGUUUCUCGGUUUUUAUAAACGACGACAUCGGGGACGGCGCUCUUAAGUUUUUACACUUCUUUUGGAAAACGGUUUAUGUCUUCUCAAAGUCCGACGAGCCUUACCGUAGAGAGCGCGGCGGAGCCAUCGACGUCGGCGGCGGGGCCCGCUGGUCCGGAACUCACGCGACUGUCGCGCGUUACAGGUCGGUUUCUCCAGAAACGCCACCGUCUUUUGUGGUUCACACGGUAUUCCCCCGCCCAGGGAGGUAGGUGGCCUGAGGUGCCCUGCUCUCCGAAUCUACUCACAGAUGUAGCACAUCCUGCUGUCACUUUGCCCCGGGGUUAUCUAGAGGUGGUGGGAGAGGAGGGAGGGUAGUGGGGCAGGUGUGAGUGUGUUUUGUGUGUGCAUGUGUGCGUGUGUGUGUGUGUGUGUGUGUGGGUGGAGGGGGGCGAUUUCUAGUCCUUUCAUGCCACGCCACCGCAUCCUACCGAUGGGAGAAAAAUCAUGCUCUUGAGAUCAGUGUCGAAAUGUACAGGAAAAAAAUAAAAUCGAAUGAAAACAGCACCAGCCGUCCGAGAUCGAAAUUGCCCAUGAUCAUUCAGCUGACGUAUUAAGGCCAGGGGAGCUGAGGGUGGGAGGGCGGCUGAGGACGAGUAGAAGCGUGUUCCUUUAAAUCUGAAUCUGGCCAGGCCAGCUCCUUUGUAAAGAGGAAGUCACGUUGGCACCGAGUUGCUGGAGCUUCCUUUAUCCGUGUAGCCCAUCGAACCGAUCUCUAAGCGACCCAGAGUCGAUCCCCGCCUCCGUCGUCGAAGGGGUCCCAGAGCCUCGUCCCCACCGCCCUCUGCUCUCCUCUCCAAUCCAUCGGACUGUCCACCCGGAGGAGACUCUUCUCCGACGCUCUCGGAUCAGAACCUCACUUGCUCACUUCCCUCGAAGCUCAAAUCGGCCAACGUGAUACCCCUUUUACCGUUUCUAUCGUACGGUCCUUUGAGCUCGUGCCGGGGUUAUUUCCUUCGUCCAAAAGCUGCCCGCCACUUCAAUGAGAACCGAUUUCGCAACCGCCCGAAGGGAGGGAAAAUUCAAGGGCUUUAUUCAGUGGUUUGCUUUCUUUUUUUGGCAACGUGCGCCGAAGGGAUUUGGGAAAGAACAGUUGAGAUGCCAGUUGUCUUUUGUUCCCUUUGAAUUCUACUUCUAGUUUCAGCAGGGAAGAUUCCUCAUUGGGAGAGACGGUAGUAGAAUAAGGGUAAUGGUUUCUGAGUAGUAGCAGUACUCGAUAUUUUAGCAGAGUUCUCUCUAUUGACCGUGUUGUGCGUCGGAUGAGCGAAGAAUGUGUAAAGGGAAUUUCGAAAGAGCGCGCUAUCUCAUAUAGCAAGAUUUGCGAACGUUCCGAGACAGAAUUAUAGGGGGGAGGUAACACCACUUCAAUAAGUUGAUGCCAUCUGUGCCCCUGAACUUUCUGCAGUGAAAUCACCUGCAGAUUCCCUUACAGAUUCUUAAAGAGUGGUACCCUGGUGUGGCCAAGAAAGUUUCCGGUUAAGGGUUCCUUUCACAUUCAAUUUACAGUUUCACUUCUUUUUGAACAUGAGUAGUUGGGACAAAACAUUUUAUUUAGCUUAAGAUAUAUGGGGGUUGAUAGUAGGGGAAGAAUGCUCAGGAAAUAUACAAAUAUAAUGUAUAUGUAUACACACACACACAUAUUAUAUAUAUACAUCUAUGCGUAUAUGCGCAUAGGUAUAUAUGUAUAUAUGUAUAUAUAUAUAUGUAUAAAAUGACAUUUGCCAAAUAGUACUCUACCAAGACUGAGAUGAAUUGUGAAUAACAGUGUUGAUGUGUGCUUUAAUGUGUAAAGUUAUCCCUGAGAAAUGAUUCCAUUCUCUUGCUAGAAGGUGAGAGCGCCUUGCCCCUCGUCAAAGUGAAUUUUGUGGAAUAAUGAGUACAAUUGUACGAUCAUCCAUGGAAGUGCAAUAUAUAAACGGUGUCUCAAGUACACGAUUCUCAUGAGUCGAUACCACCAGAUCAGUGGCUUGGGAUAUCUUAAAAUCUGCUUCCUACAUGGUCAGUAGCAUUUUAGUUUGGGAAAACAGGAAAUCUCGCAUGAAGGAAACCGAUGCUUCGCUCUGAAAACCCCCAAAUUGGCUUUGAUUUGUUUUCAAGGAAUCGGCAAAAUACAGAUACAGAGAUUCCAAUUCCUCCUCUCCUCCUCACCCUUUGAGUCUUGGAGCCUACGGCCUGCUUUAAUAGAAAUUUCUGACAAGAGAGUCCAUGUUUGUUUUGGAUCAAUAAUGGGCUAAGACCACUAGCUUUCUCUUUUCAUAUAUCGGAUUCUUAGAAUGCCAAUAAAGCACUUGUGACUAACUUGAUUCAUAAAAGCAACCGGAAACUUUCUGGCCCAACUAUAGUAUACAGAAGUUUUUUUUUCUUCACCCAAAUCCAAUGGAACAUCCUCUCUCCUUUAAAAAAAAAAGCUGCUAUAGUACAGCAUCUAGUGAUAUAGCUACUUUUUAUUUUAGCUUAUUUAUAAUGUUAAAGAAGAAAAUUUGCAUCUUGCUUGGAUGUGAUUUUUUUUUUAAUGAUUAUUAAGGGCUCUGAGACUUAGGCGGCAAGGAGUUGGCUUGGAAACAGCUCUUCGUCUCACGGGUUACCACUGUCUAGGGAUGUCUGAGCUGUUUUCAGAUUUAGUAAUAGCAAGAUGUUGUCUUGUCGUGGUUGCUUUCUCAUUCCUCUCCAGUUUCCCCCAGCUCUAGAGUAAGCCUUGCAACAGCAAGAGAACGACAGUGAUGCAAGCCAGAGUAGAUUUAACAAUGGAGGAUAAAUUGUGCCCUUAGUGUUAACAAUGUGCCUUUGUUAUAAUGCCAUGUUGUAGGGCAUAUGCCUUCCGGCCUCUUUAACCCUUUGACUAUUAGAAAGGAUGGGACCUACUUCUAAUGGUAAUCUUGUCUUAAAACUUCCACUAACUUUUCCAAGGCCUUAAUAGAAACCAUAAGGCAAUCAUUUUCGAACGUGGGAUAAAUUACUCCAUCACGCCAGUAACCUCUAUGGCUUAAAGGGUUAAAGAUGGCACACAUCAGUUUCUUGUACCUGAACAUCAGACUGAUUUUUUUUAAAAAAAAACAAAAAAGAUGUUUUUUUGUUAUGCUGCCAUUAGACAGAAAUCAACUGUAUUUGUAAAAUUUACCUCAGACUGUUUCAUUUUCUAGUGUGAUUAAUAUCAGGGCAUUUGGUAUGAACCAAAGUGCAUUCCUUUUAUAUAUGUACCUGGCUCUCCUAAAAGUGGCCAGGGAUUUUUACAAUUUGGGGGCAAGGCACUUGAGCCACUUUUAAACUCAGCGGCUGGUUUGGCAUAAUAUGAAAGGACUCCUUGGGAAUGGGAACGUUAAAAAAAAAAAAUACACACAAAAAAACCACACACACUUUAGGCGUUGGUAGCAUUGAGCUGUAUUGGAAUCUUUUUUUAAAAAAAGAGUGUGCAUUGUUUGAAUUGACAAGACCUUUCAUUUUUGUAAUUUUUUUCCACCAAGAAUAUUUCUGGUAAGCAGAAGACUUUUUUUAAACAAUCUGACCCGGAAGGAUGUUAAUACUGGCCGAGUUAAUGCCGUUGGUAGCAUUGGAAGAGCACUGGCGAACUGUUCUAGGGGCUUGUACAUCUCUGCUAUGGAAAUAUAUCAAAAAGUAAAAUGUAACUACUCAGCUCCACUGCUCCAACUCCGUCUAGGCGGUGACCUGGGUUGUCAUCGAGCAACGAUUUAGACACGUGACUGUAAUAUGCUGCAACCGUGUGUACUGAAAAUAUGUGAAAAGCGAUUGAAUGUGGACUGUGUAUAUAUGUAUGUAAAAAGUUCCGUCAGAUGCUGCUGUCGCCACUUCACAUUAACUAUGUCAGAGAGGAUUUUUAAUCCUAGUGGCCGGUUCUAUGAUACUGUAUGUAUUAUACAGCUGAUGACAGGAGUUAAGACUGUUUAGUGAGUAUCUGUUCAAUUUUAUUGUUGUGGCCAGAGAUCAUUUCAGAAUAAAAAUCUAUGUUCUACUAAA